AUGCACAUCGUCCGUCAUGAAGAUCUAAUUAUGACGUGGUCCACCAAGGCUGGCAACCAAGGAUAUUCAGCAAGGCCGCAGGAUUAUGACAGGGCGAUGGAGUGGCGUCUCAAGGCUGCACACCACAACAUCGGAGUCCUAUUCACAUAUAGGCACGGCGUUCCAGGUGAUUACAAGAAGGCCAUAGGAUGGUACGUCAAGGGUGCAAAGCAAGGAUAUGGGUUAGCUCAGGACGCCAUUUCUGUACAACGGUUCAAGAAGGCUGCCAACACUGGAAAUGUCAUGGCCCAGUACAGCGCGGGCAUUCUCUACCACCGUGGUCAAGGCGUCCCGGUCGACAAUACCUUGUCAACACAGUGGCUUUUCUAG